UCUGAUUGGCCCCUGUGGCGCGCGGUUCCUGUCACGCGCACUUCUUAUUACCCCAAAAGAUGAAAAGGGUCACUUGUAUCUCUCACUUACCACGUGACAAUAGAGAAGCAAAUGGGCAACGGGUUUUCACAUACGCUCAGUUCCUGCCUCGUCUACAGGAAGAUAUAAAUUGAUUGUUUUAAACAUAUGUGAUUAAAAAAGCGGGACGUUUUCUACAGAAUUUAAGACUAUACAACAAUCCAGAACUAGUCAACGAAGCCAACAGAAAUGUUUGCUAUUACAGUACGAAGACAUGCGACGAUUUCACGUUUUUUCAGUGCUGUAUGCGAUGAAAGUCGGUGUUCAAUGUUAGGUAAACCUCCAUUUCGCAGACUUGGAGGACCCAUGGCCUGGUCUGAACGUCCCAUUACUCCGGACACGGAGGGGAGCCAAGGGGUCACUGUACGCCCAGGAAGAAUGAAGGACGUCCCCGGAGUCUGGAAACUGACUGAGGAAGUCAAGUGGAAUAAACAUCAAGACAUGAUUGAAACCCUCUUCAAAAUGUGUGAAAAUGGCUGGAAUAUAGCCGAAAAGGACGGAGAUGUAGUGGGUUGCUAUCUAUCGCACGAAUUUGAUAGUGGCCUGAAGACAGCGGGUCAUUUUAUAGUCUCCCCAAAAAUGCAGGGGCGUGGUGUUGGUGCUAAACUGAUGAGCAAGUAUUUUGAGGAAUUUGGAGACAGGAAUAUUUAUGCAGGCGCCAUCUCGCCCCUAUUAGAUACAUAUGAAAAGUACAGCGGCGCCCCACUUUCUAAGGGAGACACAGGGGGAAAUUAUUACGGCGUCUUCAAGAACAUCCCUCUUCCACCAGAUAUGGAACAAAAAUACCAUCUAAUUGACUUUAGACAUGUUGACAUGUCGGACCUCAUUGGCUAUGAUACGUCAUAUCACGUGGUACCAAGACCGGAAAUGCUGAAGAUUUGGCUCGGCCAAACAACGGCAAAAUCGCUUGUUUUGUUAGAGAAAGGGAAGAUAGCUGGAUACGGAUCAAUCAGACCUGCUAUGAACGGUUUCUACCUUGGACCUCUGUAUGCAGAAAAUACAGUCGGAACCAUGGUUCUCCUCAAGGGUCUGAUAGACCUCAUUCCACGAGAUUCCAGCGUCGAUUUUUUUCUGCCACAUUCGAACGAAGCCGGUCGAGAGAUUCUGAAGGCCAAUGAAAGCACCAUAGGGUUGUACGACACUUUUCACAAGUUUGCUACCAAGAGUUAUAUACCAGUGCCAAAGUGGAAUAAUGUAUUUGCAUUACUCUCUAACGAAUGUGCACUGUGCUAAGAACACGCCCCUUUUUAACUUUGUGAAAAUGUUUUUGGAAUAUUUCAAUAUAUCUUUGGUUUGCUUGUCUUGAUUGUUAUUUGAAUUAGCAUUGCUGGGUUCUCAGUCAACUCAUGGAAAUAGUGCAUGAUUGAUAACUUUUGCAUCAUUUAGAAUGUUUUGUGACCGGAAUGAAUAAAAUAGAAAUGGCACGAUAGCAUACCUUCUGCACAUCUUAAAAUUUGACACCAUUUUGUAAAAAUGCACAUGUACAAUUAAAUUUUUUUUACUAUAUUAUCAUGGGGUUGUAGGUGAACUGUAUGUAGAAUGACGCCACUUUCGACAUUUCUAUUGAAAUAAAUAAUGUACUCGAGCUCAUUACGUCUCUCAUGAGUCCGUCAUCAUGUGAAAUUCAAUUAACACUGCAUGUUAAAAUCAGACGUACAGUGCGCACUCGAAUAUGUAUUUAAAAGGUCAGUUAUUUUUAAAUAGUGGCAUUGUAAAGUAAACAUGUAGCCCUCCUCUCCGCUCAUAAAUGAAUCAUAUAUAUAAGUUAUUAAAGUUAUUUAUGACAAUGUAUACCUAAGAUAACACGUUCAUUGCAUUGAAUACGAAUUUAAUUUCCAUUUAUGCACAUUAGUUCGCAAUUUUUGUUGGUCAUUUUGAUGGUGUUAGAAUAUUUCUUAGAUUACAGGUGACUUAAAAAUAAA